UCUUCAAUACUCCAUCCCUACAACAGUAUUUCGUCACGCUAACGAUGCAUUACACGGCCCCGCAUUCUUGUUCUGUGCGAUACCUCAGAGAAUUACUCAGCGAUUUCUUCAAUGCUCAACUAAUAUGCAAAAAAGGACAGACGGAGACUGCCCACACCAGGUGCACGUGCACUAGUCACCAUACUUACACCUGCUAGAGUGAAAGGCUGAUACUUCUAAUCCGCAGCUUUUUCGCACCGUACUUAAUGGACAGCACGUAUAUGAUUUUGUCUGCCGCCCGCUCGCGCUCCUCGUCGGAGUUCUUAGGAUGGAACGUUGGGUCCUCGUCCUCGUCUUGUCGAUCAGAUGGCACGCUUCGUUCGUUCCUGUCAUCUCUCCUCGGUGUUAAUGACUAUUAAAUUCGAACCGAGAUGCUGGUUCAGCUUUAGUACGUCUAGUUCGUGGCUCUCUUACUUGAGUAGUACGCGUAUAAUAUUCAUCGUGGGUCGUAACUUAUUGAAAACGAAACAGCCAUGGCCAAUUUUGUCCAUUUCUCGUGGUCCGUUCACCAACACUGCAGCGUUUUUUUUCGGAAGGAAAAGUAUCGAAUCGAAGUCAUGCCCGCGUCUUAAGACUUCGUGGUUCCUCCACAGAGGGGUCGGCGGAGAACCAGGACGAGGAGAGACGGCAGCGCUACUAGGUCGUGGAAGAGAAAAUUUUUAUAAAGGAGAGCUAGCUGUAGCUUGCCCUCGUAGCAUCACAUCUGCUGCGUCUCAUAUCCUAGGAAAGAUAGACUGUUUCACUGUGAUGAUUUUGCAAAUUUCGCAACGCAAGUUUGUUCUUGCAUCACAAAGGAAGUUUGCCAUGCGCGCAUUUUUUCCCAAAUGAGAAAACACGCCUAAAAAUCCAUUGUCUUGCAUGUGUAGCAAGACAACAUAGACUUUUGCGAUACACUUUCUCCAUACAUAAAAGUUCACAGUGAAAAAUAAACAGUUUUUUCUUGCGAUGUCUCAAUGUCGACCAACCAGGGUGGUGCUACCGGUUCUUCCAGCUCGUCCGGAGGUCCCGCUGCCGCGCUGCCGGACCGACCACGCUCCCCACCCAAUGGAGGUGGGACCCACAAUACCAAGACCUCCAGCACCGGCGGGCCGCUGGUCGGAUCCGGCGGGGUGUCCAGCAGCCGAGCGGAGUUCAACAUCCAUAUGCAAGAGAAAAACUGUGUAAGUGUAGAUCUGUAAUGCAGAACGCGCAACAGAGUUACACCUGUCAUGCCAGACAGCCAUGAAGUUCUCUCUUCAUCAUGUGUGUUUUCCCUUACAAGCCACGCAUUACACAAUUCGUGAUGCUGUCAGCCAAAGAUAGUUACACUAACACAGCUUUUUUCUUUGAUAAUCCAGGAGGAUGAUUUAAUGAACACAUAUCAAAUGUAAAAAUGUCUGGGUCUGGAAGAAUGCAACUUGUGAUGCUGAAUUUGGAUUCCAAAAAAAUCUGUAUCUAUUGCGUGAGCAGCAAAGGGAGUGUAAUUUUUGCUACGCGGAGAGGGCAUUUGUCAUGCGGAAUAGGCAUCGCGAAGCCCUCAAAAAAUCUGUGAUGCUAGGGCAUGCAUCACAGACAUCAUGGCCCAGGCAAAACAUGCAUGACAAGUCUCAGAAUCUUCCAGACCCAGACAUUUUUGCAUUUGAUAACACGAAUGACGAUGACAUUCUCGGAACGAGCGGAGGCGGCACGAACAAGAGAAAAGAUCUAUCGAAAAGAAAAAUCCCCCCUCCCCAUAUCGAAAACGAAAUUUGUGAUGCUGUAUUUCAGGUCACAAAUCGACUUGUCAUGCUAGAAGGCCAAGAGCCGCAGUCGUGGCCUCGUUUGCAGGCAAUUUGUCAUGCUGUUUCCCACUCUCAGAUGCCUCCUAUCAUGCUGAAGAUGCAAGGCUUCCCCACGCCACCCAGCACUACCGUCCGCAUCUUUUCCCGUGUAGCAUGACAAAACUGAUUUGUGACAACAAAUCUGCAUCACAGAUUUCCGUUUUGAUAUGGGGAGGGGGGAUUUUUCCUUUUGAUAAGAUCCCGCCGUAGGAGCGGCUAGUGCUGCUGCACCAGCACCGGCGAGUGGUGGAGCCGACGGGAAGCAGGAUACAACAACUUCCGGCGAGCCGGUGGAAAAGAAGCAUGUGGAGCUGGAGGUGUUUCGUCCGAACGGGAGCAGUUUUCUGGUUCCCAUGGAGGAGACCGAGCUAGCCGCGCUCAACAGUCUCGAAGAGGUGCUUACAAUGAUACGAGAAUGCCCGAAUACAGACCAAGAGUACGCAUGGGAACAAUUAUAUUUUUCAAACCAUCUUGCUUCGACGACAACGAUUAUGUAAGCACUUAGCACCUCUGUUUUGGUUCGACCUCGAACAAGAUUCUGAAAUAAGCCUUGGUUGAUAUGAUUUGCAACACCUGAACGAGGUCGUUCUUCAUCGCGAACGGCCAGCAACAAGCACCUCUUGCCUGGAAGAAGAUCCAGAUCUUUGUGUUUUUGUGGUUCCAAAAAAUUUUCAGCCUCUGCUUGCAGUCUGGCCAGAGGGCUCGUUGUCGUGGGGGUCAUUUUUUUUUGCUGCCAUACCGAUGUAAGGGACACACCAAUAUGCUGGCUGGAGCUGUGUGGGCACAAUCACGACCUUCCGAGUUAUGGUAAGUUUGUGGGAUAAUAAGUUUUUCACUGUGACUGAACCCUGAGCAUUCUCAUGUAUUUUGAUUCAAUGUUGGAUUUUAUGCACUUUUCAAAAAAUGCAUGCUAUGAAUGCAUAAUGCAUUUCUGCGAAUCCAUACUUAUUUUCAUACCAGCCCGCGUGUUUGACUUUGAUGUAAGGAGCUUUUGUCACAUGAUGUACUUUUUCAGGUACCGUACUCGAUCGAAACUCCAAUAAGUCGCUGGAGCUUUUGCAGGGCUGCGGGUAUAUGGCGCUGAUCUUCGUGAAGCCGUUCCAGGAGGAGGGCGAAUCUUAUGUGGACGUGCUAGACAACAAGUGCGAUGUAUGGAAGUGGAAUCAAAAUUAUUUUUUCGCACACUGUGACCUCACCGUAUAAUGUAUGGACAACUUCGGCGCGGCUUUGAUUCUUUGCGUUGUAUUCUUUCGAAUUGUCCCAAGAAGCGAAAGCGUUCACUUGAUAAUUGUUUUUCUUGCAUGCGGAGGGGUAGUCGUGCUCGGAAAAAACUGUUUUCAAGGGUAUCACAAACAGUGGAGACCGCUAGCUACGUCAUUGGACAGAUGACUGACGAGGAACUAAAUAAGGACUACCAGCAAGAGCGGCACGGCGCGAUGAGCCUUCUGCAGUAAAAAACUUUUUUUUGAGUUUCUAACUGUGAAUCUUGUUUCAGUGCUUAUGUCCAUUCAUCUUGAUGUUGUUCCACCACAUGAAGAUCGACUUGUUGUGAAUUUGCGAAGAAGUUUGCGACCAGCUGCCUACUUCCUUUACCAAGCGGAGAAUGAAUUCUUGACAGGUACUUGCGCGAAAAGGAGGCUGUUGUGCUGGCGAUAAUAGGUUCUCUGCCAAGAUUCACCAGAAUACUGGAUCCGCACCCGGAGCGCCACCAGAGCUGCUUGUCCGACGCGUGUCGGCUGGGGCAGAAGCGCGCGGUGGAAGCGAUUUUCGAAAAUACACACACGCCGGAGGACCUCAUCACGUGCCCGAAUGAGCACCGUGCGACCUACCUGCACCAGGCAUGCUACAACGGACACAUGCCAAUAGUCAAGUUCAUUCUCGAGCACUCCAGGUAUGAUAAUGAUUUUCUUCAAGCGGUCGUGAAGCUCGUGGCCGAAUAAGACUACAAAGUAACGAGCUCCUUAUUCGGGAAGAUGCUUUUAAUAUCGUGAACAUGAAAAUCAAAAUUUCUACUUCGGCUCACUUGACCGAUACACCGAUCGACCUUCGUCAGGUUCCCAACCGGCAUUGACCUUUGGGUUCGCGGCAACACGCACAACGCCACGUGCAUGCACUUGGCGUGCUGUCGGCCGCAGUUGGAGGUCGCGAAGUUUCUGGUGGACCACCCGAAGUGUCCCAAGGACCUGCUAAACUGGGGCAACAAGCACAGCGCCACCUGUCUCCACUUGGCCUGCGAGGACGCGCACUUGAACGUGGUAGAAUUUCUGGUGAAAAAUCAGCGGUGUCGCGACGAGAAGCUGAUUCUACAGCAAAACAAGAACGGGUUCACCUGCUAUCACAUGCGAAUAUGUCAUCUUUAUGUCUGGAAGGAUGCGAACUUGUGAUCCUGCAUCUGCAUUCUACAAAAAUCUGUAUUUUUGCAUGAGCAGCAAAAGUGAUCCAGUUUUUGCCAACAUUGCGAGAGGGCAAUUAUUCUCAUGCGGUAUAGGCAUCAGAAAGCUCCUCUCACAAAAUCUCUGAUGCUAGGGCAUGCAUCACAGACAUGAUCAGGACUCAUACAAAAUGCGCAUGACUUCCUCCCAGACCCAGACAUGUUUGCAUUUGAUACCUACCUGCACUUGGCAAUCCAGAAGGGGCACCUGGAAGUGGUAAAAUCCCUGCUAAACAACAGCGACAGUAUGACCGUGGACCGCUUGAUACCACUGCAAACGAAAAACGGUAUUUGUAUUGCUACUUCACUUCUUGGAUGUGCGUGGAUCAUCUUCAGGACGUCUAGAAAUUUAGAAAUUGCCUACUCUGACUGUAACAACCAGUUGGGUAAAUCAGUAGUUCCCUCUAGUAUAAAUAAAAACAGUAGUUCCCUCUAGUAACCCCGUCAGUUGGGUAAAUCAUUCACUCACUCAGUUGCACUUCCACUUGGUGCGGCCGCGUCGCGCCGUUGCAGGUUUUUUGCAUCUUAGUGAUAACUUGUACCUUCACGCCGGCAACAGGCAGCAGAGUCAUAUGAUGUCUUUUUGCACGUUUUGUUGCACCACCACCUCUUCCGAAAAAAACUGUACAACAGGCAACACGUGCUUCCACAUUACGUGCCAGGAAGGGUUUGUGCAAAUUAUGGAACUCCUGUGGUUCCAGCCGGACGUGCCCAAAGCCUCGAUGGUCGGCGCCCAGGACAAGGACGGCUACAACUGUCUCAACGACGCCUGCUACUAUAUCAAAUGCAAAAGUGUCUGGGUCUGGAAGAUUGCAGGAGUUUGUCAUGCAUCUUCUGGAUCACGCAACUGAUCUCUAAUGCACGCAAAGGCAUCACAAGUUUCGCGCAGGCCUCCUGAUGUCUUUCCCGCAUGAGAAAUUCCCUAUUUGCGUAGCAAGAAAUGGGAAGCUUUUGGUGCUUAUGCAGCACAAAUUUUUGCUUGUUCCAGAAAUCGCAUGACAAGUUCCAAUUCCUCCAGACCCAGACAUUUUUGCAUUUGAUAUACCACGGGCAUUUACCGCUUAUCGAGUUCUUUUUCAACCACUGGCCCGAGCGGGGGACCACGCAGCACUAUGCAAGAAAAAAACUGUGUAGGUGUAACUUUGUCUUGCAGAUGUUGCAAUACAGUUACACCUGUCAUGCCGGAUAUGCAUCAGAGGCCAUUUUAGUACGUGUUUUAGCAUACUAGCUACGCAUGACAAGUUUUCUGUCAUGGAAAACAAAUCUGUGAUGCUGUUCCUGCAAAAAAGUUACACUUACACAGUUUUUUUCUUCGAUAACCACCACGCGGAGCACAGUGGGUCCUACGGGAACAGCGCCCGGUCGCAGCCCGGAUCCUCCUGCAGUGGGGGACAAAAUGCCCAGGAGCAGAAAAGUAUACUAGAAUUCAAUAGGAAAUGAGUUUUUUUGAAUGAGCGUCUUCACUUCUAUCUUGACAAGCGCAUAAUUGGUCGACGUUCACUCUAAGUGUUGAGCCGUGCGACAGCAUCAAAAAGCUAUCGACUACUAGUCUCGAGACAGAAGUACAUCUAGCGGUGAACAACGAAUGUGCUGCUCGCAUUGAAAAAUCUUCGACAAAACAGCGGGCGGGCGCAAGAAAAUAACCGACAGCUCGGCGCGGUCAAGUGGGGGCAAUGACGAACGAGAUCAAGCUAUCCUCGGGAAAACACGUCCCCACCCCAGAGUUGUCAUACAAAUUUGCAGAUGCCCAGACUGUGAAGCGUCAUGCGCCCACCGCCACCGGGGAGGGGAUCCGUAGCCUGUGGCGCUUGGUGCGGGUGUCCGCUACAUGAUGAUGAUGAUGCGCAGCCCGCCCAUGAGGAGCAUUUUCUAAUGCUGUAUGGGACUUUGUCAUUUGUUUAUCAGGAUGAGAAGCUAGAUCUGCGAUGUGGCUUCACUAGCCGAACAGCAGUACACUGCAGUCCCAGACUUGUCAUGUCCGACAGCCAAUAAACCUUUGAGGUUUGGCUGUCGGGCAUGAUUUUUUUUUUAAAUUCUGAAAAGCGCAAUUACUAUGAGAUUACAUAAAUCCCAACAUAGUAACUGUCUUUUUUCAUUUUUCAUACACAUCCGAUGCGUGUCAGUGUCAGUGCAUAGGUUAUUUGCUUUUAUUCCUAUACCUAUCAAGAAACUUAGCGCCACUUUUUUUGCCUAUCCCUGCAUUGGAGGGCGUCACAAGAACAGACUGCGGGCUUCCUCGCCCGUCGGCCGCCCGGGGGGGGGAUCCGUGGCGCUGGAUGCGGGUGCCCAGUAGUACAUGAUGAUGAUGAUGAUGAUGCGCAGCCCCAUGAGGAGCAUUUUCUCAUGCUGUGUGGGACUUUGUCAUAUCUUUUCUUUUAUCAGGAUCAGAUGAAGCUAGAUCUGUGAUGUGGCUUCACUAUCCGAAUACCGGUAUACUAGAGUCCCAGACUUGUCAUGCGCAUGCCCGACAGCCAAACCUUUGAGGUGUGGCUGUCGGGCAUGAUUUUUUUUUAAAAUUCUUAAAAGCGAUAUUACUAAGGGAUUACACAAAUCCCAUAGUAACUGUCUUUUUUAGCACUUUUAUACACAUCCGAUGCGUGUCUGUGUCAGUGCAUAGGUUAUUUGCUUUUAUUCCUAUACCUAUCAAGAAACUUAGCGCCACAUUUUUUGCCUAUCCCUGCAUUGGAGGGCGUCACAAGAACAGACUCCGGGCUUCCUCGCCCGCCGGCCCCCCGGGGAGGGGAUCCGUGGCGCACUAGUACAUGAUGAUGAUGAUGAUGAUGAUGCGCAGCCCCAUGAGGAGCAUUUUCUCAUGCUGUGUGGGACUUUGUCAUAUCUUUUCCUUUAUCAGGAUCAGAAGCUAGAUCUGUGAUGUGGCUUCACUAGCCGAAUACCGGUACACUAGAGUCCCAGAGUUGUCAUGCCCGACAGCCAAACCUUUGAGGUUUGGCUGUCGGGCAUGAUUUUUUUUUAAAUUCUCAAAAGCGCAAUUACUAUGGGAUUACAUAAAUCCCAUAGUAACUGUCUUUUUUAGCACUUUUAUACGCAUUGAAUGUGUUUCAGUGCAUAGCUUUGCUUUUAUUCUUAUUGAGAAACUUAGGUCCACAUUUUUGGCAUAUCCCUGCUUGUUUGGAGGGUGCCGCACGAACGCCGCCUCAUGCGGCUGGGCUCAAUUUUUCCAGUGGAAGGCAGGGGCUGUUUAUAUCUUACUUUGGAAACGCCCACCGUCCCUACUGGAAUAGCUGGAUGAUGAACAAAAAUCGUGGCAGGGCAAAAAAAUAAAAUCUCCAUCUUUUAACUCUGGGGCGGGGACGUCGCUCGUUUUUUCACAGGAUAAGAACCAACGACGACCCAACGAAGGACGUCCUGAACCAGGCUGCAGGCGGGCCGGUAAGUUCGCUAUGAGCUGUGUGGAAAUAAGAAGAACUGAAAUUAUGGUGGUAGUAUACUUGAUAUCAAAAGAGAAAGCGAACAAAUGUUGGUCACUGAUGUGGGCAAAAAAUCUACAGGAAUCUCCGGGGAAUCACCAGCCGGAGCGGCGUACGUAUGGCAACUAUGUCUGGGUCUGGAAAGGUGCAACCAACUUGUGAUGCUCUUUUGCUGCUACAAACACACAAAUCUGCCAUACUUGAGGAGCAAAAGCUUCCUUUUUUGGCGACGCUGAGAGACGAGGAUCUGUGAUGCUGAGGAGCCAUUGCAAUAAAGCUCUCCCAUAUAGGCCUGUGAUCCUAGGCUCUGCAUUCCAGACCUUUUGAGGCAUGCAAAACGUCGUGCAUGACAAGCUCCUCGACCUGUGGCGCUGGGUGCGGGUGUCCACUACAUAAUGAUGAUGAUGACUGAUCCACAGCCAGACGUGUUUGCAUUUGAUACGGCGAAAUAAUGCUGACUGGGAUGACGAGAUAUCAUUAGUGUCGCAAAGUCCGGUAUGCAAGAAAAAAACUGUGUAUUUGGGUAAGUUUGUAAUGCCAAGCUCGCAACGCAAUAUACACUUGUCCUGCUAGCCAGCCAUGAAAUCGCAUUUUUGAUAUGUGUUUUCACUAUGAUAAUGGCUGUGCAGACGACAGGCUUUCUGGGUCACGCAGAACAGGGAUUUGUCAUGCUUUCACGCCAAGACACCUCCACUCACGCAGUUUUUUUCGUGGAUAUCCGGACGACGGCUUCCCCUCGCUGACGGACCUUAUCUUCAGCGUAUCGGUAUCACCUGCAAGUAUGUCUGGGUCUGGAAGGAUGCAGCUCGUGAUGCUACCUUUGGACUCUACAGAAAACCUGUAUUGCAUGGAGAGCAAACGAACGCCAGUUUUUCCAGGCGCAGACGGCAUUUCGCAUGCGGUGUGAGCAUCAGAAAACUCUCGCAGAAUGAUCCGUGAUGCUAGGGCAUGCAUCACAGACAUGUUGGGCCAUGGAAAAUAUGCAUGACAAACUUGGCACUUUUCCCGACCCCGACAUAUUUGCGAUGCAUAAUGGGGCGGCAUCGGCAAUUGUCUGCACGUCGCCUGCAGUCGCGGACACCUGUCCAUAGUCGAGUUUCUUUGCAAACCCAAGGGCCUCCCACCCAGCGGCGGACUGGGGCAAGUCGGAGAUGUGACAGGUAUGGGAAAAUGUUGUUGUUAAUAGAUGCUGCUUUUUUUUGACUCAGUGCAGUACCAGUACGUAGUGGUAGUAGAUUCGGGCCCGUGUGUUGGUCGUGAUAUGAUUUGUACCAAGGGGAGGGUAGCAUCGCCUACGAAGUGCGUCCAAUAUCGGCGUUGGUGCGCGCGAUAUGAAAAUUUUUCAUCGUGGAAACUUUUGGAACAGGUGGCGAGCACCUGUCGCAGCGUAGCAGCGGCGGCGAUGACGAUGAGCAGGAGUAUCCGCCUAUUACAAUGAAAAGUGCCACCGCUCCGGAAGUUGGAAAAAAUUCUGAUGCAUAAGGUUUUUAAGCGAAAGUCGUUUUAUCUAUGCAUGAAAGGACUAUGAGUCUUUCUGAUGCAGAAUCUUGUCGAGGAAGGCAUCUUUUACAUAACAGGCCCGGCUACUGCUGGGGUCUUGUGCAACACAAAUUUUAGCUAUUUACCAUCGAAAAUUUGUGAUGCUGAAACUACAUGCAGGAUGGGGAGUGUUUCCAUUGGAAAGCUAUGCAAUACAAAUGCUGCCAAAUUCUGGAAUGGGCGCAUUUUUCGUGGUAAUACCCCCAGCAGAAAACAGCAGUUCGUCGCCAUAUCCUUACAACGAUGUCAGCGACAAUGACUCUUCGGAAGUUAUGCAUUGCAAAAGUAUCGUACUACGCAUAAAGUGCAAUACAAAUUGGCUCGGCAUUGCAAUACAUAGAUUUGUAAUGCGGUUUUUUUUACCUUUAACAACAGCGGAGCUGCAAUCUAAUACUACGAGAACGAGUGCGGUGCUUUUGCACAGAAUAAAAGUCGGGCCCGAACAGUUCUACGCGAUCGAGCAACUAGUCCUGUCCAAGAACAAGCACAACGCGAGUGGACUCCACCUCGCGAGCAUAAAAGGUACGUACGACAAUGCCAGUAUCGGUUAGAAAUCUCCAUUUUUCAUUUCUGGCAUUGGAGGUAGAAGUAAUGAUAACGACGACGACUUUGGCGCCGGAUGAGGGGUCCGUCAUUGUGUCUGUGAGUAAUAUCAUCUUCGAAUUUAGUGCUUCUCAAGGGCGAGAAAGUGAAAGGGAAACAAAAACAAAAACUAACAACACACCAGGACACCUGGAGAUCGCGAAAUUCCUAGUAGACGGCACGGGUUUGUCACGAGAUAAAAAGCGCGACUUCAUGGGACUGCAGAAUAAAAAAGGAGCCAGUUGCCUGCACUUCGCAUGCUAUCACGGGAAUGUGGACGUAAAAGAUUUACGUCGCACUUUUUAUUCGCAUGUGGCUGAUUUCUGACACACUUAUUUUGUCGGACGAGAAGGUCGUGGGAACGCGAGCGUCUCAGUGUAAGUAUCUACCUGCAGCUAGCAUCGAUUUAUUAUUCCACUUUUUUUUUUCGUCUCUUCAGGUGGUGAAAUACCUCGUCGACCACGAGGACUGCCCGAAGGAGUUGGUCCAGGCACGCAACCGCAACCACUACACUUGCCUGCACUCCGCCUGCGACGAGGGGCGGCACGAGGUGAUCGAGUUUCUGUGCAAGAGCGACAAGUUUCCCAUCGAGCUGCUGGCGGCGCAGGCGCGCAGCAACACGAUUCUGCACAAGGUCUGCGAGUACGGCUAUCUGAACAUCGUGAAGCUCCUGGUGGAGCAGUCGAUCCAGGCCAGCGAGUAUGAGGGUGCACAAACUCCCCCUCCUUGUCAUUUGUAUUGGAUGAACAGCAAUACAGACACCAGCACACGUGGACCCUGUGCAUGACAAAUUCAUGCAGUUCCAGUGUAGUACUGUUUGGGCCGCUUCCGGGAUCUGCCAUGCGCAAUACAUAGUGAUACAAGGCGGGAAGCGCUUGGAUUCGGGAUUUUGCAUGAGAAAUGAGAAUGAGGGGGAGUUGUACACUCUCAUAGCGAGCAGGGGGUGGUGUCGGAACAGCAGCCAAGCUUCAAGCCGGACACCCUGGUAUGGAUUGCAAAUAUAUAUGCGUAGGUCUGGAACAAUGCCGCGUGUGUAAUGCUUGUCUGGCAUGACUGAAGAAAUUGUGAUGCGUGUUCAAGGGACGAACAGCCCGUAGACCUCCGAUGUGAUGCGUGUCCAAGAAGAGACCCUCGUCUUGCUUGUCAUGCAAAACGCAGUUUCUCAUGCGGCAGGCGCAACGCUAAGCCGCGCAAACAUUUCUCAUGCUUGGCUGUGCAUUGCAGACGAGAGUUCUCUAUUCACAACUCAGCAUUAAGUACAAGUUUCUAGAUCCAGACCCAGACAUAUUUGCAUUUGAUAGCUGGUGAUGUACCGCAACAAUCUCGGGGACACUUGCCUGCACGUGGCGGCGGCCGAGGGGCAUUUGCUAAUUGUGGAAUACCUGGUGAAGUCACCCGCGGCCGAAAAGUACAACCUACUCUUCUCCAAGAACAAACAGGACAUGACCUGUCUGCAGCUCGCCUGCAGCGAGGGCCACUUGAACGUCGUCGAAUCGUUGAUGAAUUUCUGCACCACAAACGACAACACCGGGAAGAGAAAGGUGCGUUGUAGAAGAUUCAUCUCUGACGUUUAUUUUGUGACAGGUUUAUUUGGCUUUGUUCAGUAGUGCUUAAUACCCAAACAAUCAAAAAAUGAUGAGUCUCAUGACUUCCACCGUUUUUUUACAUCACUCCCUCGGAGCAAGAACUUUUUCUAGGAGACCUUCGAAAAGACAAGAGAACCUUAUUUCCAAUUUCAGGAACUGAUCACGCAUUCGCUCAAUGUGUACCACGCAACAUGCUUGUUUUCGGCUUGCGAGGCGGGACACACCAACAUCGUGGAGUACCUACUGGACCACAAGCAUUUUCCACCUCACCUGAUAAACGCGCAAACUAAGUACGGCACAAGCUGCCUGCACGCCGCCUGCGAAAAGGGAUUCAUGGACAUCGUACAGUUUCUGAUGAACCACAAGCACUGCACCAAAAGACUCGUGCUUUGCAAGGACCGCGGCGCGCAAACCUGCCUGGACCUGGCGAAGUAUGUUCUGUUUCCGUGUGGUCAGGAAAGAGGCACUUGUCUUGUGGUUGUGAAGAAUGUUGGGUGGCACCGCCACCGUGUUGCAGCGGACGUGCAUGAACUCAUAUAAAAAUUUUGGUCGUUUGCAUCUAAUUUUUGUCCAGUAUGUAGCUCUUCGAGCGCCAUCUCACAUGAUUGCAACAUAUUUUUCUAAAUCUGCAGGUGCGAAGGGCAUUUUGAGAUCGUGGAGCUGAUCCAAAACCAUGCAACCUGGGGUCCAGAGCUUGCGUAUCAACUGCAAAUAUGUCUGGGUCUGAAAGAUCUCAGGACUAUUCGUCAUGCAUCCAAGCGAACAACUACAACCGGCUUGUCUCUAUUGCACGCAGAAGCAUCUUCGCAGAUAAAUUCGCGAGAUGACCUUCCUAAUGCCUACGCCAUUUGAUGAGAAACACGCCUGUUGCUAUAAUUAGCAACAAGUGUGCAAAAAACUUUUGGCUUCUACGCAACACAGAUUUUUUUUUUAUUUGAUCGAAAGUUCGCAUGACAAACUGCAUCUCUCCAGACGUCCAGACAUAUUUGCAAUGCAUAUCGCAAAGGGCGACACGACGGAACCGGCCGGGGCGGCUACGGUGCUGAACACCGUUGCGACCACAGUGAAACGCUGGUUCGGUCGGGAAGACAGCAAGUCUCCGUGAAAAUAAGGAUGCGGUGGUUGGGUGACAUGCUCGGAAAUAAAACGUUAAUAUGUAUCACUGGAGUAGUUGCGGUUCUUUUCCAGAGCAACAUCGAAAUGUCCACAACAAUGGCCGCGCACCGGAGCUUGUCGCCGUAUAUCGUGUAAAAUGUCAGUACCCAUUGAAGUUAGUACCUAUGCGCUCUCCUGCGCGCAGGCUGUCGCCAGGGUCCUUCUGUCCUGGCAUCAACAACGCCAAUUUGUAUUUUUGUUUCUUUUCGUACUAUUCGUUUCCCAUACUGCUAAGUACACUGACUGCACCUCAAGCUGCAUUUGCUAAUUAGAAACCAGGAAUAUUCAAAAAUGAAGCGCGCGGACUGUCGUGCAAGAAGAGCUCAAUCGAUUCAAACUUUUACCAAACUCUAUCGUGAACUCGUAUAUCAAACUUAAAAGCGAAAAAUCAAAUUCUUCAAAUGGAAACUAAACUUAAUCGCACACAAGUCUCUAGUACUCGGGAUGCUCAUUGACCACGGGGAACGGAGGACACGAAGGGCGGGUCAUUUUAGUUUAAGAACUAAAGUUUGUUAUGUGUUUUCGAAAUAGCAGUUCCGAGUAGCCGAUAUGUCAGCCGGAACUUCGCGCCGAUGCUCUUUUGUCUCGUCAGGCAACGGACGAGCAUCCCGUGAGACUGAUGCGUUUUGCGCUUCGGAAACGAAAUCAUACAAAUGCACACUCAAAUGUACCUCGGGCCCCUUUAUUUAUGCCGUUUUGUAGUCCUUCUCAAGCCUGACAAUGAUCCAAACUUUAUUGUAGCAUUCUCGCAAGGUCCAAACUUGUAACUUUUCUGCUCGAAUUAUACGAAUAGACGUCGCAAUAGUUGUUAUAUCGGAUGGCUCAUGCCUAUGAUAAAAUGGUUUGCUGUAUCCUGUACAUCCUGAUUUUCUACUUUUUGACAUACUUUCUAUCUCGUUUAUUUAUUUCUCAUUCACGAAAGUUUCUCUCUCCCAAUGUCCUAAACGCACGUAGCAAAGAAGGCCGUCCCUGCCAAUGAGUACACAGGUUGCAGCGGCGCGGAAAGCAGUGCAGUAGCUAAUACAAUCUGUUUUGUCAUAACAAGGCCCAACAGCGAAUACUGUGACGUCUGUACCUCUCGAUCGAGGUGAUAUUUUUUAAAGAAGGGCCGCAUCUUUGUGUCUCGACAUGGAAAUAUAAAAUCAAUAUCAGUUGCUGUUGUAUUUCUUUCGUGCAGGUUCUUCUUUUAGCUCUUCACGCGGGGUAGAAUUUUAUUUUUGGCUUGUAUUUACUACUUUCUUUUCGCUGCAAAACGAUGUGGCGCGAGAUGAGCAGCGGCCGCUGUCUGCUUAAUCUUUAGCACUCGAUUUCGGCAUGCACGCCAUUGCGGCGAGAAUUAGAGCUGCGUGCUGCGCAAGUUGAAGCUAGUAGCGAAGUUUUCAUGUGUGUGUAAUGUGGACGGUAAAAACUGUAUUUGCUAAAUAUCACUUUUUAAAACUGUAUAAUAAGCUUGGCAAGCAGCGACUAGUUUGAAACAGCUGGGUACUACAUCGAUGGUAUGAGUAACAAGACACUCGGCGCCAGUGCGAAGAUAUGUUUGAUGCACUGCGGCAGUGGACAACUUUUAGGCUCCGUCCAAUGUAGAUGCGUAUUUUGGACAGAAUACAACGGAAAUGCAUAGGCAAAAUGACGCGAGUCUCCUGCUUCGGGCUGCUCUGAUGGGGCCGUGUCGUUGCUGAAGACACGGUAGAGUUUGUUGAAUCGGGCUAUUAAUUGCUGUGGUAAUUAUGCUUCGCAUCCCACUGCUUCGCAUUCCAUUUCCACCUGACGCACGCUUUGAAGUUUCAUAGAAUUGUGUGUUGUAUUACAGUUGUAAGUGACAGUGAGUCCUCAUGCACCAGUCGUCCCGGG